AUGGUCCGCUGGUACCCUCGCGACACCCGCUGGCGCGGCGUCCAAAAACACUACUUCAACGUCUCCACCUUUAAGUCGCUCGUCCUCGUUGCAUACGUAAUCCUCAUCAUCGUGGAAGGCGCCCUCCUACGACGCUGGUUCCGAGAAUCUAACAGACGCUUGAGCACGAAUGACAUGCCAUGGGCUUUCUGGGCGCGCACAGGUGUCUACCUCGUCAUCGACGCCGCCCUCUCCCUCGUAAUGGCGUACUUCACCUGGAAGGAGGAAUGGCACCCCGUUGCCGCACUGGUAACCGCCAUCCUAGUUUUCGGCCUGUGGUUCGCGGCGUGUUUCUUCAAUGCGAUAGUAGCAUACAGCAACGAGUACUGGUUCAAGCAGUCAGACCAGUGGCAGAGAAUUGCAUAUGGGGAGGCGGGCUUGCAGGCGACGAUUGCGGCGUGUUAUCUUGCUAUGAUGGGAUUUGCAGCGAAGGCGGUGCAUGAGUGGAGGAAGGUCAAAAUUGGGAAGUUGAGCGGUUACGAGGCGGAUCCGAGGGUUGAUGAGUUGGAUCUGGAAGAGAGAGAGGGAAUAAAGUGUGCGGAGGAGCCAGAGCUUGUGCACAGGAACGGGAGUGAGAGGAGGUUGACAGUUUGA